AUGCAAGAGGCAUCUCGAAAAGACCGAAGAAGAAAUGCAACGAACGGACAAUGUCAGGGUCAACUUCGAGAGCAGAACAUUGAGAUGCGUCGAUUUUAUUACGCUCAAGUCUCAAAUGAAAAGAUCGACAAGCGCAAGGUGAAUGAGACAUGGCACGCUGUGGAAAACCUGCUCGACUCUGCGAGCGACGACGACCACAUGCGGUGA